AUGGCUUCGUCAUCACAAGCUUUUCCUUUGGCAGACUCUAAUUCUUCAUCUUCCUCGUCGUCCUCUUCGGAAGGUGAUCCUUUUGGGGCGUUGAUUCAACAGGAUCAAGAUGAAUUCUAUGAGAUUAUGAAUUCAGUGAGGCCAGAAAUAGUCGAGCAAGUAUUUCAAGUCCGUAAAAAGAAGCAGUACAUUCAUCGUGACCGAGAGGGAAGUCACUAUCAGCUAAUGAAAGACUACUUCAAUGAGAAUUGCACAUAUCCACCGGAGUACUUUCACAGGCGAUUCAGGAUGCAACGAGAACUUUUUCUUCAUAUCCUUAAUGCUGUCAAAGCUUAUGAUGACUACUUUGUCCAAAAAAAGGAUGCAACUGGUCGUCUGGGGUUGUCUUCUAUACAGAAGAUGGCAACUGCUGUUCGUAUAAUCGCAUAUGAUUGUGCAGCCGAUCACUAUGAUGAGUAUAUUAAAAUCAACGAGAACACUGCCAUUAAAUGCUUGAAGGCAUUUUGUAAUGCUAUUGUUGCUAUGUAUACAGAGGAGUAUAUGCGCCCACCCAACGAAGCCGACAUAGCACAGUUGGUUGAAGAAGGGGAGCAGAGAGGUUUUUCGGGUAUGCUUGGUUAUAUCUAUUGUAUGCACUGGGAGUGGAAGAAUUGCCCAGUGGAGUGGCAAGGCACACAUAGGGGACGAUCUGGUAAGAAUACUCUCGUAUUGGAAACAGUUGCCUCACAAGAUUUGUGGAUCUGGCAUGCAUUCUUCAGAAUGCCGGGUUCACACAAUGAUAUAAAUGUGUUGGAUCAUUCCUCGGUAUUUAACGGCAUCAUCAAUGGCCAAUUACCUCCGGUUAAUUAUGUAGUGAAUGGACAUCACUAUAGAAUGGGGUAUUACAUGUCUGAUGGUAUAUACCCUAAGUGGGCAACUUUGAUGCAGACCAUCCCGCACCCAACUACUACAAAAGAAAAAUUAUUUGCUCAGCGACAAGAGGUAGCAAGAAAAGAUGUGGAACGGGCUUUGGUAUUGCAAAUCAAGUGGGUAAUAAUGUAA